AUGAGAUCAGGGGCAGCUCUGGUGCUGCCUGUGGUCAUGUCUGUGGUGCCUAGCACUGAUGAGCAGCUGAGGGCUCUGGUAAGGCAGUUUGGACAGCAAGACUGGAAAUUCCUGGCCAGCCAUUUUCCUAACCGCACAGACCAACAAUGUCAAUACCGGUGGCUGCGGGUUUUGAAUCCAGAUCUUGUCAAAGGGCCAUGGACCAAAGAGGAAGAUCAAAAGGUCAUCGAGCUGGUCAAGAAGUACGGCACAAAGCAGUGGACACUGAUCGCCAAACACCUGAAGGGUCGACUGGGCAAGCAGUGCCGUGAGCGCUGGCAUAACCAUCUCAACCCCGAAGUGAAGAAGUCUUGCUGGACUGAGGAGGAGGACCGCAUCAUCUGUGAGGCCCACAAGGUGCUGGGCAACCGCUGGGCCGAGAUUGCUAAGAUGCUUCCGGGGAGGACAGACAAUGCUGUGAAGAACCACUGGAACUCCACCAUCAAAAGGAAGGUGGACACAGGAGGCUUCCUGAGUGAUUCCAAAGACUGCAAGCCCCCAGUGUACUUGCUGCUAGAGCUUGAGGACAAGGACGGCCGCCCGAGUGUCCUUCCCACUGAAGGCCAGGGAAGUCUUGUGACCAGCUGGCCCUUGGGACCCCCUGUCAUAAAGGAAGAGGAAAGCAGUGAGGAGGAGGCUAUGGCAGCCACUACAUCUCGGGAGCAGGAGGCUGUCCCCGCGGAGCUGGAGGGAGUGCGGACGCCAGAGCCCAUGGACGAGUUCCCCAAGCAUGAGGACCAGGAGGGCUCCCCGCCUGAAAUGAGCCUGCCCUACAAGUGGGUGGUAGAGGCUGCCAACCUCCUCAGCCCAGCUGUGGGGUCGUCGAGCCUCUCUGAAGCCCUGGACUUAAUUGAGUCGGAUCCCGAUGCUUGGUGUGACCUGAGUAAAUUUGACCUCCCUGAGGAGCCAUCUGCAGAAGGCAGUAUCAGCACUAGCCCAUUGCAGCCUCCGGCUCAGCAGCAGGCCCAGGUGCCCAGCCAGCGUGCCGUCCCAGUGUCUAGUGUGACCGAGUACCGCCUGGAUGGCCACACCAUCUCGGACCUGAGCCGGAGCAGCCGGGGCGAGCUGAUCCCCAUCUCCCCAAGCACUGACGUUGGGGGCUCAGGCAUUGGCACACCACCCUCAGUGCUCAAGCGGCAGAAGAAGAGGCGUGUUGCUCUGUCUCCAGUCACGGAGAAUAGUGCCAGUCUGUCCUUCCUGGACUCCUGCAACAGCCUCACCCCCAAGAGCACACCCGUUAAGACCCUGCCCUUCUCACCCUCUCAGUUUCUGAACUUUUGGACCAAACAGGACACACUGGAGCUGGAGAGCCCCUCAUUGACAUCCACCCCUGUGUGCAGCCAGAAGGUGGUAGUCACCACGCCACUGCACCGGGACAAGACUCCCCUUCACCAGAAACAUGCUGUGUUUGUAACCCCAGAUCAGAAGUACUCCAUGGACAACACUCCCCACACGCCGACCCCGUUCAAGAACGCCUUGGAGAAAUACGGACCACUGAAGCCCCUGCCCCAGACCCCACACCUGGAGGAGGACUUGAAGGAGGUGCUGCGCUCAGAGGCUGGCAUCGAGCUCAUCAUUGAGGACGAUGUGAGGCCAGAGAGGCAGAAGAGGAAGCCGGGGCUACGGCGGAGCCCUAUCAAGAAAGUCCGGAAGUCUCUGGCUCUUGACAUAGUGGAUGAGGACAUGAAGCUGAUGAUGUCUGCACUGCCCAAGGCCAUGUCUUUGCCGAGCAGCCUCCCAUCCAGCUCGUCCAGCCUCACCCUGUCAGGUAUUAAAGAGGACAACAGCCUGCUCAACCAAGGCUUCCUGCAGGCCAAGCCUGAGAAGGCUGGGGCUACUCUGAAGCCCCGAAGCCAUUUCCCGACACCUGCCCCUAUGAGCAGUGCCUGGAAGAUGGUGGCCUGUGGGGGCACCAGGGACCAGCUCUUCAUGCAGGAAAAAGCACGGCAGCUCCUGGGCCGCCUGAAGCCCAGCCACACGUCGCGGACACUCAUCUUGUCCUGAGCGGCUUGGACAAGCCCAUUCUCAUGUUUACAGGGGGGAGGGGGCUGUGAAUUUAAGAACACACUCAGGUGACUUGGGCAGGGGCCCUU